GCGUGCUUCACGGUUCUGUCGCACCUGGCGGAUGUCAUGGCAUUUUCUCUUCUCCAUUACAUCUUGUCGGCUCAUGGAUCUAUGGAGUCUACAAAUCAGUAAUUUCAGCCCUGGAAGGAUUACAUGGGUCUGGCAGACAUGAUCAGAGGUAUGCAGCGGCCAGCAGAGCAGUCAGACGCGCUCCUGGAGUCUCCAAGCGGCCCGACGCGAGCGCACGGGACCCUGACGACAGAGAAAAGAGACCCGGAACGCGGCAAGAGCACCCGCAGCAACCCAUCCGAGAAGAAGUUCUGCAGCUUCUGCAAACACAACGGAGAGACCGAAGCCGUGUUCACCUCGCACUACUUAAAAGACCGCGCUGGAGACGUGACGUGCCCGUACUUGAGCCAGUACGUGUGUCCCCUGUGCGGAGCCACCGGGGCCAAAGCGCACACCAAGAGAUUCUGCCCGCUCGUGGACAAAACCUACAGCUCCGUGUACGCCAAAUCAACAUGGUGAACCGGACGUUUCUGAACCGAAGAAGAUCUGGCCACGGUAUACAAGAAGGACGUUUUUACGAGUAGUUUUAAUAUUCCAGUUUUAAUUGUUCAAUCCAUAAUGGCUUGUGUGUAAGUUUGCAUGCAUGUGUGCUUUUUUUUUUUUGGUGUUUGAUUUUUGCACGGUUUUUUGUCUUCCUCUUGUGUGCAGUGGUGUUGUUUUUCACUCUAACAAACUUGUACACCAGCCAGUUGGCUUGCUACAGGUGCAACCACGUGUGAACUAGCUCUUUCUUGUUAAUUUUACUAAAAAAAAAGUAUCUUGUGAUUAAUCUGUGGUGAAAUAUAUAUAAACGCUUUUAGUGUUAUUUACAUGUGUUUCUCUUUAAAGCUGCCUAUAUUUUGCAUUAACACUUAAAAAAAUCUCAGUCUUCUGUUUUAUUUCUUUUUACAACAUUUUGAAAACAUUAUCAGGUUUUGUUCACGUGACAUCAGGAAGUUCAUGUAUAUUUGUUUAAAAAUGAUUUACCUUGGGACAAAAACAAGAAAAUGAACAACAGAACUUUUGGAACCCUGUCUUCAUAUCACAGCACUUAAGCUGAAAUUGGUUCAGUUUGACUACACUUUUUUUUUUUUUUUUUUUUUUUUUUUUUUUUUUUUUUUUUGUGUGUAGUUUUACAAAACAUUACUUCACCGAAUCAAACGCGCACACAGCAACAACCAGAAAGAUUCAUUUUAUCUAUGCAGAAUGUGUUUUGAACAGGAAUUUGGACCGAUUUAUGACUGGAACUUUGAAGACUGGUUGCUAAGGUUACGACCCUUCAGUCUUGGGGGUCACACCCUGUGACUGACAGAAUUACAAUGUUUACUAUGCUUGAACCCAUAGGAAAAGUGUUAACUUAGGCUUACUAAAACAGAGCAACUCUAUGCAUGUUGUGCCUUUGCUCAAACAAGUGUAACUGAACAGUUGUAAACCAGUGCCUGCUAUCUGAACUCAUCCGUGCAAAUUAUUCAGUCUUUCUUUUGUUUACAUUUUUUUUUCUGUCUAUUAUAUCAUGCAGUAAAAUACAUUCAGAAUC